UACCAUAGCAACAGUGAAGCUCAGGAGGGGAACGGGCAAAUUGGGAAGUACUCACAUUGAGAAAAUUUAAAGAAAAUAGAUCCAGGGGAUAUAGACUAGACAAUAGUCUAAAACCCUAUAAAAGAAGAAAGAAGAAGAAGAAGAAGAGAAAAUUUAUAAAGUUCUCCCUUAAAAAAAUUCUCCAAGAUGGUAGAUGUUACAGUAGACAAUUUUCCUCAGCUUCUCCCACAAAUCUUACAAGACAUAAAGACAGCAGCUUUCAUCUCUCUUGACACUGAGUUCACAGGCCUUUUGGCUGAUGCUGCAUUCAAGGGAAGCCUAUUUGAUGAUGGAUUGCAAAGAUACCAGAAACUUUCAUGUAAUAUACGUAAAUUCAUGAUAUGCCAAAUGGGAUUGGCUGUCUUCAAGGGAAUUCCUCACACAAAUGGGUAUACUGUGACCUCAUACAACAUUUACCUCUGUCCCCAUUCCUGUACAUCUUUUGAUCCAAAUUUCAUGUGCCAGACAUCGAGCUUAGAAUUUUUACAGAGAUUCAAGUUUGACUUCAAUAAGUGGUUGUAUGGAGGCAUCACUUCAAUGAAUACUGAUGAAGAAAAUGAGCUACACAUAACAUUGUCAUCUGUUAUCAAAGGUCAAAAGAUAGUUGACCUUCCAUAUACAGUACGGGAUCAGGUAAAUGACCUUGGAGUGUGGGCAGCAUCAGCAAAUGAAGGUGAUAUUACUACUAUAACACAACUACCAGAAGCUACGUUUCAGUUCAUGCUGGUUGUCAGUGUGCGUCACAGAUUUUCUGAUUUGUGGGCUUCGGUGCAAAAUGGAGAGGUAAUAAUUCAGAAAGUGUCGGAGGACAAUCGCCAAAAGCUGGAAAUGGAAGAUCCAGAUGGACAGAAGUUGGUUGAAUGUUUUGUAGACAGAAUGCUUGGAUUUACAAAGAUUUUCCGGUACCUGGUAGAUACUCAGAAGCCCAUUGUUCUUCACAAUUGUCUUCUUGACCUGAUGCUUCUUUAUAAGCAAUUUCAUAAACAUCUGCCAAGAUCCUAUCAUACUUUCAAGUCAGACAUGCACCAGCUCUUCCCCACUAUAUAUGAUACAAAACUGAUAGCAGCUGAAAUUAAGAGUAGCCUAAGACAAGCUGAUGAUAAAGCUGGCAAUCUUCUGGAAAACUCCAGUUUGAGUAACCUGGCAACAUCAUUGAAAAGAGACCACACAGCUUUGCACAGACCAUCAGUUCAUCAUGUGCCAGAGACAAAUAAGUACAAUGGGGAGGAGAUGAUGCUACAUGAGGCUGGUUAUGAUGCAUAUUUAACUGGAUCCAGCUUUCUUUAUUUAGCGCAUCUCUAUGCUAUGCUGCAGUUGCCCUCUAAACUACAGCAUCGUCCCAUGAGUCCACGAGAACAUGUUCAUGCAUUAAAAAGUUUUGCAAAUCGAGUCCAAAUGCAAAGAGCAGCUAUUCCAUACAUGGAGCUUAAUGGCCAUGAUCCCAAAUCUAAGCGUCCUCCUUGGCUGGUGGUUGAGAGUCAUCCCAAGACUAUAGGCUUUUCACCCAGUUACGUGUCCAGUAUCUUGGGACAGUAUGGUUUUGUUGAUGUUGUGCCACGGGAUAACAAGUCCGUUUUAGUUGCAGCAGCAUCAUGGGAAAGCACAAGAGAAAUUCUUAAAACGUUUAGAAAAGGUGGUACAUUAAAGGCAUCACGAUACAGUAAACUGAAGCAUUCACCCUUCAUAAGAUCUCUUGCUUGGUCAGGUGCCUUAGUGUCUGCAGGUUUAAGUAGCUGGCUUAUUUACAGCACAUUUAAGAAGGCUUCUUCCUGAGUUUCUGUAUAGAUAUAUGAAAAAAAUAAAUAAGUAGCUGCAGUUGCAGUAAAUAAAUGAGAACAUUGCAAAUUGUUAUUGAUUUAUAUUCAUAAAUCAAACUGUUUUGUUUGAUGUUUCAAGUGUGUUCGUUUGUGGAUUUGUGGGUCCUCAACGAGCUGUGCUUGUGCUGCAGUUUCAAAGGCAUGCUAUCAGUAGCACAAGUUGUAGGGUUGCACUGAAUCUUCAAACAAGAAUAUUUAUCUUCCACACCAUGUAAAUGAAGAAUGAGGAACAAGAAAGGAAUAGCAUGAAGUGAGCACCCACAUAUUUUUCAAAAGAAAACAGUCAGGACCAGAUAUGUAUGUAACUUGAUAAUUAUGAAGUUAAAUGUAAAUUAAUGAUAAAUAUUUGUAUUUCCCUGUUUUAUAUAUAUAUUUUUCAAUAUAUAUCAAAUUUAGUUUCAUUCUAUACUUUUGCAUACAUGUUUUCAGUAAGUAAUUAAUUGUUUGUCUUUUUAAAAACUCUUAUGUGAUUUCAGAUUAC